UUUUGAAGCUGCACAUUUGGUAGGAGAAUCAUAACCACCAACCGCAUCUUAGGUAAAUUAUUUUUCUCAAGAGAUGAUGCAAAAUACCACAAUAUCGCAUUUCAUCCUGGGGUCUUAUUUAGACUUGGGGUAUGAGAAAUACUUGUUUUUUUCCAUGGUGCUGCUGCUGUACAUUUUGAUCGUGGCGACCAACUCCUCCCUGGUGGUGCUGAUCUGUGUGACGCGGCGCUUACGGGAGCCCAUGUUCUUGUUUGUGGCCAGCCUCUUUGUCAACGAGCUCUACGGCUCCACUGGAUUCUUCCCCUUCCUCAUGCUUCAGAUCCUCAAUGACGUGCACACCAUCUCCGUGCCCGCCUGCUACCUGCAAAUGUUCACCGGCUACACCUACGCCCGCGUAGAGUUUUGCACUCUGGCCGCCAUGUCGUACGACCGCUACCUGGCCAUCUGCUGCCCCCUGCAGUACAGCGCUCGUGUGACGCCCCACCGUGUCCUCCUGUGUAUUUGUCUCAUGUGGCUCUACACGUUUGUCAGGGUUCUCAUCGCCCAGUGCUUGAACCUGAGCCAGCUGCUCUGCGGCAACGUCAUCAACAGCCUGUACUGCAUGAACUACCUGGUCGCUAAGCUGCUCUGCGGUGACCUGCAAGUCAUGAAUAUUUACGGGCUGGUCACCACCACCAUGUCCAUCAUGCUGCCUCUGCUGCUCAUCCUCUACUCCUACCUGAAAAUCCUGCGCAUCGUCUUUUCUGGCGCCAACCAGGCCAGACCCAAGGCGCUGGGCACGUGCGCGCCUCACAUCGUGUCCCUGCUCAACUUCUCUUUCGGGUGCAUCUUCCAGGUGAUGCACACGCGCUUCGACAUGAGCGCCAAGCCCGACGGCUUCCGAAACUUCCUGUCGCUUUAUUUCCUCAUCGUUCAGCCUCUCAUCAACCCUCUCAUGUACGGAAUGCAAACGUCGCAAAUACGAGAGACGUGCAAGCACGUGUUCUCGUCCAAGACGGCUCGCAUCGGAGAGACCUGAAGGAGGCCUUUUUCUUGGUCAAUAAAAUGAAUCCUUUGCUUUGACACGUUAUUGCUGUCCUUCUUAAGUCAUGAACAUUUCAUUCAGGACACCAUUUAAUCAGUUCCAUACAAUAAUAAUAAAUAAUACAGGUGAAACUCCAAAAAAUUGAAUAUCGUGCAAAAGUCUAUUCAUGUCGGCAAUGUGGAACUAGUGUGUUAGAUAAAUUCAUUACAUGCAACGUGAGAUAAGUCAAGCCUUUAGUUCUUAUCAUUGUAAACAUCCUGGCUUACAGUUUUGGAAACAUUUAUUUUCAAAUGGAGGUUUUUCUAUGCUGUAAGCCAAGGGUCCCCAAACUUUUAGACUCAGGGGGCCGCAUUGGGUUAAAAAAAUUUGGCCGGGGGCCGGGCUGUGUGUGUGUGUGCGUGUGUGUGUAUAUACAGUACAGGCCAAAAGUUUGGACACACCUCCUCAUUCAAUGGGUUUUAUUUAUUUUCAUGACUAUUUACAUUGUAGAUUGUCACUGAAGUCAUCAAAACUAUGAAUACAUACAUAAC